AUGUGGCGUUUUAUGUCCAUUCAGAAUAGAAAUGAAUUAUUAUGUACAGUGAAUCGCAUAAGCUGUGUAAUCAAUCGAAAGGGUUGCUAUCGCCAUCUAAGUAGAACAUCUGUAUUGAGUGUUACUGAUAAUACAAGUAUAAUACAACAACUACAAAAAGUUGAAGGUGGUAAAAUUAAAUUAGAAAAGUUCGAUGAUAGCAAAAUCGCUGUAUUAACAAUCGAUAAUGAAAGAAUUCGUAAUGCUUUAAGUGGUAGCAUGAUGGUACAAUUGAGAGAUGCUAUUAACCAACUGGAAGAGUGGAAAGAAGGCAAAGGAGUUAUUUUGAUUGGUGCAAGUAGUACUUUCUGCAGUGGAGCAGAUUUAAAUCUUGCUAAACAAUUUAAUUCACCUGAACAUGGGGAAGCAAUGUGUGAAUUAAUGCAAACAACACUGACCAGACUUAAACGUUUACCCAUGAUUAGCCUAGCAGUUAUUGAAGGCAAGGCUCUCGGUGGAGGUGCUGAGCUAACUACAGCGUGCGAUUUUCGAUUGAUCUCCAAAAAUGCAGAGAUACGUUUCGUUCAUGUCAAAAGAGGAGUGACACCUGGCUGGGGCGGUGGUUCAAGAUUAGUAAAUAUUGUUGGAAGGCGUAUGGCUUUGAGAUUACUUGCUGGUAGUAUUAAAAUAACUGCAAAGGAUGCUCUGCAGUACGGUCUUGCCGAUGACAUAAUAAGUAGUGAUCAAGUAACCUUACAUGCAGGUAUGAAUUGGUUAAAGAAAAUCAUUGAUGGUCCUGUAAACUCUAUAAGAGGAAUAAAACAAAUAGUUACUUAUGCUGAUGAUUUAGGGACUGAUCAGGCAUUGCAGUUUGAAAGAUCUGUAUUUACGACAGUAUGGGGUGCUCCAGCUCUAAUGGAAUCGUUGGAAACGAAAAAGAAAUAUUAA